CAAACACCCGACAGCAGCGUACAAAAGCCCCCGCUGGCCAACGGCUUUCGGCAACCUCAGCUGUUCCUUCAAUUCAUAUUUCUCUGAACGAUCAGUCCUGUGCGUAAUACCAGCACCCAGAGACCCUUUUCAAUUUCAACUCCGUUCCCGUUCUGUUACCCCACAUGGCUUCAAACACCGAGACUGCGAGCGCAUCCCCAGACAACCCCCCGGGCCCUAAUAGUCCACGUCGAGGAGGGGAUAGGGGCAGAGGAGGAGCGAGGCGCACGUAUGGGUCGGAUGAAGGUCACGAAUACAGUCCACGGGGACGAGGAAGAGGCGGACCUCGAGGUGGGACGCGGGGUCGUGGCAUUCGAGAUGGUGGGAGCGGUCGCGGAGGACGUCCUCCAGAAAGAAGUUUGGGAAAAGCUCCAGUAUCAAAUCCAAAUAUUUCCGAAGGACCACAGAGUGGAAAUACAGUGCCAACUUUGGUCACAAAGCCCGCUCCCGAGGAUGUGGCAGAUGAGACGGAUGGUGAAGUCUGCUUCAUCUGCGCUUCACCCGUACAACACACCGCUGUCGCUCCUUGUAAUCACCGUACUUGUCACAUUUGCUCUUUGCGAUUAAGAGCUCUGUACAAGACCAAGACCUGUGCUCACUGUAGGACAGAGUCGGACCACGUCAUAUUUACGGAUAAUGCCACCAAGGAUUUCCAAGACUUCUCCACAGAAGAGUUUUACAAGUCGGACGAUAACUUGGGCAUUCGGUUUGAGAACCCCGACAUCUACGAGGAUACGGUCUUGUUGCUCCGAUACAACUGUCCUGAUGGGGAGUGCGACAUUGCUUGUCUGGGGUGGCCUGACUUGCAUCGACAUGUCAAAAACUCUCAUGGGAAAGUCAUGUGCGAUCUUUGUACGAGGAACAAGAAAGUCUUUACACACGAGCACGAGCUAUUCACUUACGCUGAAUUGAAGAAACACCAGAAGUUUGGCGACGACAACCCUGGUGCAGUGGAUCAGAGCGGGUUCAAGGGACAUCCUGAGUGUGGUUUCUGUCGACAACGAUUCUACGGUGAUGACGAAUUGUACACACAUUGCAGGGACAAGCACGAGCGAUGUCAUAUCUGCGACCGCCGCAGUGAAGGCAAGAAGCCACAGUAUUAUGUCGACUAUAAUGCAUUGGAAGUGCACUUUCGGAAAGACCAUUUCCUUUGCCCGGAUCGAGAGUGCCUGGAGAAGAAAUUUGUUGUAUUCGAUUCUGAGAUGGAUCUCAAGGCCCACCAGCUGGAAGUCCACCCAAAUGGUCUGUCUAAAGAUGCCCUUCGGGAUGCUCGGAGAGUAGACAUGUCAGGUUUCGACUACCGUGCCUCUCAUGAACUCGAGAGGGGUGGAAGGAGGGAAGGACGGGGGAGGGGACGAGGACGGGAUCCCAAUUCAGAGCCGUUGCCUCAAUCCUUUGCCCAGCCAAUGAGCAGAGCAGAAUUGGCUUAUCAGAGACAGAUGGCUAUUCAAAGCGCACAAUCUGUCACGGGACGAACUUUUGGGGGUCAGCUUACAUCUGCAACAGACAUAUAUGCGGCGAGGCUUCCAAGGGGAGGACAUGAACCGUCAACCCUCACAGCAACCCGACCUGCUACAACAACGGCAAAUGUCGCCAGUAAUCUAAAUGCGCUGAGCAUUGAACCAGCAUCCGCAGCGUUAGCUCCUCGAACUCCGCAAGAACAAGCGCGGCUUCUACGCCACAAUGCAGUCACUGAGCGAGCUACGAACAUGUUGCGGAACGAUCAAACGAAGCUUGGGGAAUUCCGUUCCAAGAUAUCGGCGUACCGCAAUUCCAAGAUGUCGGCAACAGAGCUCAUUGAUAGCUUCUUCUCACUGUUUGAUACAUCCUCGGUGGAGCUGGGCAAGCUAAUCAAAGAACUCGCCGACAUUUUUGAGGUCCAGUCGAAACGGGAUGAUCUCCUCAAGUCCUGGAAUGAUUGGAAGGCGAUCAACGAAGACUACCCUUCACUACCAGGUGGAACAGGGCUUUCGUUGGGUGGGGGCCCAGCGGCACAUGGCGGAUCUCGAGUGCUGAAACUCAAGAGCUCGACGGCACAGUCGUCACGCUCUGCUGUCAGCAGGCAAGCAAGCUGGGCCUCGACGUCAUCAAAUAGCCCUUUUCCUCCUCUCGCGGCAGCAUCGUCUGGUCGCAUCGGAGCAAAACCAGGACAGACGCCGUGGGCAAGCGGCUCUACCACCACUCGGGCUUCACCUCUGCCAUCCCGUGCUUCGUCCUCAGCGGCGUUGAACAAGAAAAAUGGCAAUGAAGAAGCAUUCCCGGCACUACCACUGGCGCCCAAACCGGCAAGUACAAUUUUCAGUCCCGGAUACUCCGGUGCGGGAUUGAGGCGAGACAACAGCGGAAGGAACACGCCGGCGAAUGCCUGGGCUGCAGGCGGAACAGUUGUAGGGGCGAGCAAUGGGGCAGCUGGGGCUGGGUCGGACGAGGCAGGCGCUGGGGGGGGAGGAAAGAAGAAGGGAAACAAAAACAAAAAGCAGACACUGUUCCACUUUGGCUAAGUCAGUUGGCGGAGAGGUGCAGAUGCGUCUGCAGCUAAGCAUCCCGGACUGCCUGUUUCGGUCCGCGGACUGAGGUGCCGGGGGGUAAAGCGAGCCAAAAGGGCAUUCAGGCGGAAUCGGGCGACUUGAAGUGCAUACAAUGCAGGAGUGUAGAUGUGGUUGCGGACACUCGACAGAUGGAGAUCGGUUGAUAUUCACCUGACGAUAUGCUGUACAUAGACCUGACGCCCGCCGCGUCGGGGGAAUGCUCGACGAAGAGAAUAUUGUUG